AUUGUGUCUACAAUACUUGUUAGUAAGAGUUCGCAUGUUAAGCCGUCAAGUUGUGUACGCUUUGAGCUCAUUGCAGUGCUAAGGCAUUGUGAUGUAAAUUACAACAACACAAACCGGUCUGAAAAAAUCCCCUCAAGCUGCAAACGCUGUAAAGUGAAGACUGAGCUGCUGCAUAUAGUUGAAGAUUCCGCGAUUGGCGAACGUAUUGUGAUUGACUAACGGCAAAAACGUUUUGAGCGUUCUUAUCUAAAUUUAGAUUUUUCUCAAAAGAAGCAAUUUAUACGUAUGUUAACUCCAAAGAGGCGGGAACUAUAUAAUUUUAAAUAUUUUUUCGAGGAUAUUUCAAAAGUUCGGUUCCUUUAAACUUUCACUGAACCAACAUCACAAAUUAUGAGCAGUCCAUUCAGUGAAUGCUCCAGUCACAGUCCUGUGUCUAUGUCUCCACGUUUACUUACGCACUCAUGUUCCUCGGAUGCGGCUAGUACAACAACAGUAGCAAGCUCGGAAGAAUCUUUGAAUAACUUUAUGCCAUCGCCUCCUACGGACUCUGCAACAUCGGGCAUAUACUGUGACGGAACGCAAAGCUUGCUGGACUUAAGAACAUCUCCAAUUAUAUAUAGCCAAGAAAGUCUACAAGAAGCAGAAAUCACUUUAAUUACAGCACCUUCUACAGAUUACAGCUUGGCUAGAGCGGAUCUACUUGAAAGCGAGGAACAAUGCAACAUUUUACGACAACGAGUUACAGAUUAUGAAAUCAAAAAUUUCAUGCAGGUGUGCAAAAGUCCAGAAUUCUUUGAUUUCGACGUCGAACACUUGCUGCGUUUAGUGGAGCAUGACGAAUUGAAUGUGAGCGCUGAGGCGGAUGUCUUCUGGGCCAUCCGGCGUUGGUACAAAUAUGACGAGGAGGCACGGAGGUGUCACUUACCCGAUUUGGUCGCUUGUUUACGGCUGACACAACUUGAUGUCGACUUUAUAUAUUCGCAUAUCAACAGCCUACCUGGUUGUGAGCUCCUGGUGAACAAGGCUGUGGAGUGGCUGCUACGGCCUUGCGCACGUGGUACAAUAUCACUGCGCUACACGAAACCGCGCAAAGUGCUACGAACCGAAGACGAGACGUACUGGAUCGUGGUGCAAACACGUGGAGAUCACAGGUUCGCGGACAAAUGCGUACUGCGCUAUAGCAAAGCUCUUAAUGAAUGGCAGAAGUGGACCGAUAUAAAAUUGGAACGCAGUAACUUUGCCAUAGUCCAAUUGGAGAACAGCAUCAUCUGUAUUGGCGGCUUGGGUCGUAAUACCAAGCCGAUCAAUCAUGUAAAUCGCUAUAAUUUGCAUACACAAGCUUGGGAGCCAAUGCCAUCGAUGCAACAGCGUCGAGUUUACAUGAGUGUUGCGCUGUUGGACGGCAAAAUAUACGUCAUCGGUGGACAGGAUGAAAAAUACCAAGCUCUGAACACCGUGGAAGUGUUCGAUACGGUUGCCGGACGCUGGCAGAAUAUGGCUAAUAUGUCUGUACGUCGAGCCUCCACAGCUGCUGCAGUUUUGGAUGGCAAACUUUAUGUGAUCGGUGGCUUUAAUCGAGCGCAUUUACGGUUAGUUGAACGGUAUGAUCCAGCAAAAAACAUUUGGACACAGUGUGCGGAAAUGAAUGAGGCACGCGGUUGGCCUGGAGUAGCUGUACACAAUGGGCAUAUUUAUGUGAUCGGCGGUUGGUUCAACGGCGCAAUGCGGACAGUCGAACGUUAUAAUUUAUCGGCUAAUAAAUGGACGACGAUAUGCUCCUUGAAUGUGGCGCGUGGUAGUAUUUGUGGACUGUCUAUGAAUGAGACACUUUGGGCGGUCGGUGGCUACGGUGAGGGCAUCCUUAGGGACACUGUGGAAGUUUACGAUGAGAAAAAUGAUAACUGGCUGGAAGAGAAAAUAUUACCAGAAGCUGGGCGAUACGUACGUUAAGAAAUGUAAAUAAGUAUUUUUAAACACAAGUGGCAACACUGAAAAAUUAUUUUAAGAUGUUCUCGCAGUGCGAAGAGCCCCAAUUCUUAUACGAAAAGUAAACAGGGAGAAAGAAAAUUAUUUUGUGAUAUUAAAUGGCAAUCCUAUUCAUA